AUGACCAACAACAGCGCCCAUCAUCAGCAUAGAAUUGCGAGGUCAUCUAUUGUACCAUUGAUAUGCUUCACCACCAUUUGGAUCAUUUCUUCGGUUGGUCAGGUCGUAUUGGUCAAGUACUUCCAAACUAACUUGCAUCCACAGCUGCCAUGGCUGCUUGCCGAUCUAGCUGGCGUUGGUUUUGUAUUCGUCAUCCCUAUUUAUAUAAUCUUCUGUAUGAGAAGGGUCAAUGUCGAACGGGAAAAAGAGGAGAACCCUUCAACAUUGAUGGAUCUGUUCAUGGCGCCAUACAGGACUGGCAGGAUUAAGUGGCAUGUCUUGGGAGGGCUCUUCACUGGCUGCCAGCUGUUGUGCAUCUCGUUCGCAUUGAAGAUGUUGCCGGGCAGUACUUUCACCGUGGUCCGCACAUGUGAGUUGCUCAUCACGUUAGUGACUUCGAUACUCCUAUUGGGAAAGGUCUUCAAUCGCUACCACUACGUAGCGGUAGCGGCUAUGCUCAUCGGUGGUGCUAUUGACUCGUUCGCUACGCAGCAUGACGAGAAGGUCUCUAAGGACAAUGUUCAGGUUUUGGCAGGUGUGCUCAUCACCUUCUUCGGUGUGGCGCUGGCGAGCUCCUCUCAGGCAGUUCUGGUCGAGUGGCUGUAUCGUCACAACAUCAUGAUUAAGAAGCGAUAUGACCAUUUGAUGGAAAUCUCAUUGUACACUACGUUCUACACGUGUGUCGCUCUGAUGAUUGGUACGUUCUUGUUCUCCGGAGACGAGCCCCAUUACUGGUCCCAAGCGCUCAGUGAAGCGAUUCGAACUGCGCCUCUGACCACCUGGUUAUGCCUCAUCGGUUUGACCAUGUCCCGUGCGGUGGCUAUGACUUCGAAGGUCGGCGUGACGGUGCAUUCGGAUGCUAUGUUCAACCGAUCCCUCACUACGGUGAGGAGAGUCUGCCAGAUCACUUUUAUGGCGGUCAUUUUUCAUGAGCAUCUGAGUAUUCUGGCGUUAUUCGGCAUUUUCCUGAGUGUUGCAGCUAGCAGUCUGUACGCUUUCGCUGCAACCCUUGGGGCUCGCAGGAGUGCGAGUGUCGCCGUCAAGGAAGACGUGGUUGCCUCCCACCUCCAGGAAAAUCUUCUUGCGGGAAAAGCCCCUUGAAAGGCGCUUGUCUGAAAGGGCGCCUCAUUUUUCCCAUCGUGACAGAAGCCGUGAACGAGAAGUCAUAUUGUUGGUAUCAUCAUCGUCGUGAUGUACCGCAUUGUUUUUUCUCAUUUUUCCCAAAUACCUGGCUUAGGCCGGUGAGGAUCAUUGCUUGUUGGGGAGCUCGCGUCCAGCAGCGACC